AGGAGGCAGUCACUCUAUUCGAAGCGCACGUAGUUCACUUUCCGGGGCGUUGUGCUGAGGAUCAUUCUCAAAAUCGAGGAAAACUUUCUUAACACUACACAACCCGUUGUGUCGCUGACAUCGACGUGAUAUACAAAAAAUGGCUCAGUUUAACAAGGGCCCCGCGUAUGGUUUGUCGGCAGAGGUUAGGAGCAAGAUUGCUCAAAAGUAUGAUCUGCAAAAGGAGGAAGAGCUACGUUACUGGAUCGAGGAAGUGACCGGCAUGCCAAUUGGCGAGAACUUCCAGCUGGGCCUGAAGGAUGGUGUCAUCCUGUGCGAGCUUAUCAACAAACUUCAGCCUGGCUCUAUAAAGAAGAUUAACAACUCCAAACUCAACUGGCACAAGCUGGAGAACCUGGGAAACUUCAUUAAAGCUAUCCUCACCUAUGGCCUGAAGCCCAGCGACAUAUUUGAAGCCAAUGACCUGUUUGAGAAUGGGAACAUGACCCAGGUGCAGACCACGUUGCUCGCCCUGGCAAGCAUGGCGAAGACCAAAGGUUUGGACACCAAGGUUGAUAUUGGCGUGAAGUACGCAGACAGACAAGAACGCAAUUUUGAUGAUGAGAAGAUGAAGGCUGGCAACUGUGUCAUUGGCCUACAGAUGGGGACAAAUAAAUGUGCUAGCCAGGCCGGAAUGACUGCCUACGGCACUCGCCGACAUCUUUAUGACCCAAAGACUCAAACGGAAAAGCCAUACGACCAGACCACCAUUAGUCUGCAGAUGGGAACCAACAAAGGAGCAAGUCAGGCUGGCAUGGCUGCGCCUGGCACCAGGAGGGAUAUUUAUGACCAGAAAGCCUCUCUCCAGCCACUGGACAACUCCACCAUCUCCCUGCAGAUGGGCACCAACAAGGCAGCAUCACAGAAAGGCAUGAGCGUGUACGGCCUGGGCCGGCAGAUCUACGACCCCAAGUACUGCAGUUCUCCUGGUGAGGCCAGCACCCAUUCUAACGGCAGCCAGGGCACGGGCACAAAUGGCUCUGAGAUCAGCGAUGGUGACUACCAAGCUGACUACCAAGGGGAGUACCAGCAGGAGUACCAAGGCGAGUACCAGCCACAGUAUCAGGACGAGUACCAGCCCCACUAUGAUCAAGGCAUCGAUUACUAGGUGAAGCAAAGUGUUGAGAUUUAAGAUUUUUUUUCCACUUUCUCUUUUGGUUAUUAUUUUAACAGAGCAAGAUUUAUUGCCUUGCUGGCCUUAAACUGAUGCAGAGGGAAUAAAACUUCCUAAUCAUUCCUCUUUAGCUUAUAAGUGUGUGGGUUUAAGUUACAAGAGAACUAUAUCUUUUUGUAUUAUGUGGAUACUUGUAUUUAGUUCUUCUUGUAUUAAUUUUAAUGCCAAGCAUGAUGGAUAGCAUUGCCUCACUCAACUCCCCUCAUACUCCUGCAAUGUGAUUGGUUUUGCUGCGGGACAAUCAUCUUGGGGAUCCCCACUGCUCUUGGACUCCGGCAACCUUUGAACUCCACUGCCACAGAGAGGCGUUAACCCUUUGCCAAAACACGUUUCCUGGAUCCCAAGAAACAUUGCUGUUUGUCAGUUUUAGGGAAGGAACUUUAAAAAAAAUUGUUUUGCCUUUUAUUGAUUCCUUAAUUUGACCAAACCGUGCAUUCAUUACUUGUGCCAUAUGUUUUAGCUGACUUUUUGUUUCCCCCCCCUUCCAUGUCCUAAUGUAUUUAUUGACAUUCUUGCCAUUGUCACUCAAUAGAGCCCCACAUUCCUGUUGAAUUAUUUUUUAUGAAUAAAUUGUUACAUUUUA